GGACCUGGUUUUCUUUAACCCAGGCGAGAAAGGUUGAUUAUGCUUUGCAGAUUCCAAUAAAACAAUUGCAAGGAGAUCUUUCCAUGGCAAAGAUUCGUACAUCCGGGGGAAACUUAAAUGAGAAUGAUCUGGUAUGCUUGACUGCACUUCCGUGGUUGUGUUCAAAUCUCCUUAAGUGGCCAGCUGACCACUACAUGGGCUGUCUAGAGCGCUGGACACACGGACACACACUG